AUGGAGCCCUUCGACAAAGCCUGGCACACAGCCGCUGACUCUCUCAGGAACGACUACCGGUCCUCUGAACAGCAAUGGACCCAGCACGGCGAGGAGCCAAUCUCUGGAGUCCAAGGCAGAGGAACCGCUACUGAUCCUUACGACGCUGGAAACCGUCCUGAGCAACCCGGCGCUCCCCAAUCCAAAGAGAACACAGCUCUCGUCCCUGAGGCUCUUUCAUCGAUUACUCCCGCCGACCGCUCCUCGAGUCUCAAGUCCAGCAACAGCAAGGCAGCAAGUGGCCCAGCCGCUAUGCAACCCGAGUUGAACCCUAUCGGCGAAACCGCCGCAAAGUACGGUUCCCAGCCACACCGAGUCCCAGAACAGAGGAGCCUGGGGUCCAACCUUGACCGUCACAACCAGCCCUCAGGUCUCACCCACGGCCACAGUGAUACGAACUCUGGACUUAACCAGGGUUCCUUGGCUGGUGCUGGUGCUGCCACUAUUGGUACCGCUGGUGCCGGAUCUGGACACAAGAGUUCCGGAGGUGGUCUCGGGGACGCAACAGCCGCCCAGGCAUCUGCUCUCCCAUCUGAAUCUCAUCCAUCCGGUCUCAGACAUACGGGUACUCUUGGAGGCGCAACUUCCGCUCAGACCUCAGCUCUCGGAGCAGACACUACUCACCCAACCGGGCUGAGACACCCCUCUACCCAGAAGUCCGGUCUAGACAGGGGUGUCGAGACAUCUGGUCUUGGACACACCACCUCCAGCACCGGUCAGACUUCCCCUAUGAAGCCGGCCCUGGAUCAAGACGCCCAGGCAACUGGUCUCAGACAGCCAGCUUCUACUACCCACAAGCCUGUUUUCGAAAAAGACACACACGCCUCCUCAGGUCUAGAAGGAUCCCAGAACCUGGGCCCUACAACCAGUUACGGAGGAAGUGAGACUCAGAUCCCCGACCGGUCUUCCCAGACCAUUGGCACCCACACCUCUACCUCCGGGCUAGAAGGGUCCCGGAAUCUGGACUCUACAACCAGUUACGGAAGCCAGGCUCAAAUCCCCGAUCGGUCUUCUCAGUCCAUCGGUACUGGUAUCGAGGCCAGACAGCCUAGCUCCGGCAUUACAGAGGAACCAACCAGUACCGCAGCCAGACAUCCCAGCUCUGGCAUCGCCGAAUCUGCGCCCCAGAAAUCCAAUUCUACUACCGAGCAACGAACCCCAAGCACGACAGCAGAGGGCCAAAGCAGCACUCAGGAGUCUACGUCCAAGCCUACCAAGAAGGACGAUGAUGUCGAGCAUGUGGGUUUCCCCCCUAAGACUGACCAUGUGAGCAAGGAGGCUCUUCGCGGGCCCUCUGUCGCUGAGCCCAGAGAGCACUGGAAGCGAGAUGAGAAGGUUGCUAGGGCUGAGGAUGACGGAAAGCCUGCUGCGGCAGCUGGUGAGCCUGGCGGUAGCAGCAAGCAUGAAUCUUCGGACAAGAAGCAUUCUAAGGAUAGUUCUCAUUCGGGAGGUACUAUGGCUCACAUUAAGGAGAAGGUAGAGAGGGUUAUUCAUCCCAAUAAGUCCUAA